AUGGCCAUUUCUCAGUCCUCGCUUGCUCUUCUGCUCAUUGUGGCGGCCGCCUCCAACGGCCUUUCCGAUGCCUCUUACCUCCGCAACCUGGGCGGCACCACCAUCGCCACCAACGUCAAGACGUACACGGCGUACGGCGACUACGCGUCCGCCAUGCUGGCGGCCGUGAACAAGCAGCGCGCCACGGGCGGCCUCAAGCCCCUGUGCCUCAACAAGAAGCUGCACGCCGCCGCGCAGCGCCACUCGGACGACAUGGCCGCCAAGGACUUCAUGGCCCACGACGGCUCGGACGGCUCGACCAUGUCGGAGCGCAUCACGCAGGCCAGCUACGACUGGGAGAGUGUGGCCGAGAACGUGGCCGCCGGCCAGAUCGACGUGGCCGACGUGAUGGUGGCGUGGAUCAACUCGCCGGAGCACCUGGAGAACAUCAUGGGCGACUACACGAUGUUCGGCUCUGCGUACGCGUUCAACAAGGACGGCACGUACCAGCACUACUGGACGCAGGACUUCGGCUCGGGCGACGCGGAGCAGUGCGACGGCGCCCCGGUGGCGCAGAAGACGCCUGUGACGCCCGCGCCGACGACGGAGGCCCCUACGCCGGCCCCGACGACGCCUGUGCAACAGGAGAUCCCGGCCACGCCGGCCCCGACCACCGGCGAGGAGGUGCAGGGUGAGGCCGAGAUCCCCCAGCAGCAGGAGGUUGUGACCCCCGCCCCGACGACCCCGACUGAGGAGAGCCCUGCCCAGAAGGACUGCGAGUCCAACUUCUAA